AUGUCGUCGGGCAUGACAUCGUCGCACGAGCCCACGACGGCGACGGCGGAGGCGGCGGAGCUGGACAGUGACGGUUCGAGCUGCGGCGAACGCGACGUCUGGAAGCGCGUUCGCGGCGACCUCGCCGACGCCGGGCCCAAGAAGCGUCGGAAGCAGACCACGCCGGUAAGACUGUCGUCUGGCCUCGCGGGCGUGCACGAGGACGCGCGCGAGGACGAACGCAAGGACGAGGACGUCGAAGGUAAGCCGUCGUCGCGAUCGCCGUUGCCGAGCAACGACCAUCACCACCAGCAACAACAACACCGUCACCACCACCACCACCAUCACCAUCACCACUCGCCGUCGUCGAAAGACGAGAAUCUGAACAACGAGUUCCGCUGCCAGCACUGCGGCCGGCUCUUCGACAGCGACGAAACGCUCAAUGUCCACAUGGACGGCGAGCACGGUGGCGCGAGUCAAGCGACGCCGGCUGUCGCGAUCAAGGUAGAGCCGGCGCAGCAGCUGGACCCGACUAACGAGGGUCCCGUUAGUCUCUUAAGCGUUAAGAAUUUCGCGACCACGUGGCUGGCGUCCGGUAGCCAGCAGCACGUGCAAUCGCAGACGCAGAUGCAACCGCAGGGCGAUGAGUCGUGGUCGGGCGGCCCGGUCAAUCAAAUCGUCACGAUGACCAACCUACAGGCGCUCUCGAAUUUCCCCGGCGCUCUCGCGCCGUACCUACCCCUGUCAACUUUCUCCCUGAGCGAGCCUCAGCUUCCCAGAUCCUCCCUCGGUCAUGUGCCGGUUAAGAUUUUCAAUCCGGACGCGUAUUGCGACAUGUGCAACAAGGAGUUUUGUAACAAGUACUUCCUGAAGACGCACAAGGCCAACAAGCACGGGAUCUACGUAGACUCGCCGACGCCAGCCGUGGCUAUAGAUUCCGCCGGUAUUGUCGGCGGCGGCGUGUUCGGCGCCGCCAACUUCCACGCGGGUAACGCGAGCGUGAAACUGGAGCCGUCGGCGACUCCGCCGCAGAAACGUUUCCGCAACGAGGAUCCCACGAGGAAGCACAAGCAGAAAACGCACAACGAGUCUCCGAUAGAUCAGCAGACGGACGGCCAGCAGAUAUUCGUGUCGCAGAGCGCAGAGGAAGAUCAAGUGGCGCCGCGCGACAGUCCCAGCGGCAUGGAGUUGCUUCUGAAGCAGGAAUACGGCGUUGAACAGGAGGACGCGACCUUCAUGCCGGCCCCGAGACACCUAUCGCCCAAGUCCAUCCAGCGAGCGCGCGAUUCCGGUUUCAGCACCGAUCUUUUGCGUCACCUCGGCGUCAUAAAUCCCGAAGCAUUCUGCGAGAUCUGCUGCAAGGAGUACUGCAACAAGUAUUUCCUGCGCACGCACAAGAUGAAACGGCACGGCAUCGUCGUGCAGGACAACGAGAAGUCGCCCGGCAAUCUCGGCACGGCCGUCGCUACUUGGCACCAGGUGCAGACGAGUCCGCUGAACUUGAUCGUGUCCGAGGCCACCGCAACGAGUGCGGAGUCCAACGACCGCGGCGGCGAGGAGCACGAGUGCAAGCCCUGCGAUAUUCGCUUCCAGACUAUCGGUCUGUACAAGGCGCACUGCAGGAAGAUGCACGAGAGCGAGGAACGCGGUUCGCCGAGGCAGGAGUACGACUUGGACAUCUCUGAUCAGCGUACCGACUCGAUCUCAGAGGACCUUCAAAAGUUGCAGACUAUGAUCAUGCAGCUGAACGGUUUGGAUUCUGGCAAGGGAUUAUCCUGCGCCGUCUGCGGCAGGGAAUGCGACUCAAGGUCGGCCCUGCGCGUUCACAUGGCGACCGAGCACGGCGUCGCCGGUGACGAGGCCUCGUCGUCGCCACAGAAGUCACCCACGGUCGUCUCGACUAUUUUUUGCACCCUUUGCGAGAAGGAUUAUCCUAGCCAAGACGCACUGAGGAGACACAUUAGCGAGGAACAUCAGCCCAUUGUGUCGAGCGCUACUCCGAGCGGCCAAACGACAACGACGACGGCGACGACGACGACGACAACGACGACGACGACGACGGAGAGGAAGCUGACGUCACUGACCCCCACGUCGAGUUAUUGUGAGAUCUGCAACAAGGAGCUGUGCAACAAAUAUUUCAUGAAGACGCACAUGCAGCGGAUGCACGGCAUCGAGAUCGAAAACGGCGCACAGAUCGGUGGCGUCAUCUGCAACAUUUGCAACAAGGAGCUGUGCAGCAAGUACUUCCUGCGUGUUCACAAGCACAACACUCACGGGAUCGUCGACGAGAACGCGUCGUCGGGAUCGGCGUCGAACAAGCAUGAGUCCUCUGACGCUCCCGGCGCCGAGGACUCGGCGUUGAAACCGGAGCAACUGGGCGAUCUCAGUCUCAAAUACUUCACCAAUUUCACCGAAGUGUGUCCGAUCUGCAGUCGAAGGUUCCGCAGCAUCAAGUGGCUGAAGGCCCACCUGAUGGGCGACCACGGCAAAGCAGGGAUCGACAAGUGGCGCGAAUUGGAGCAGCAGUAUCAAGCGACGUCCAGAACCAGCGGUAGAGGCGUCGCUGCGGCGAAGAACGCGCAGCAAACGUCGAAUCUCAAGAUCCCCAAUGGCUUCGAGGUCGUCCAACAGACCAAGCCUGUUGAUUACACGUGUGUGGGAAAUCAGAUGCUGUCCAAUUUCCUCGGUUCCUCGUCCGAGGAAAAUCAAUUGAAGAAUUUUCAGUGCGCGCAUUGUACUUACACAACCCCCGCGAUGCCCCUCCUCUUUCUUCACGAGCGAACCCACGUGAGCUCUCAGGAAAACCUCGAGGGGGAUCGAGCGCAGCAGUGCCCGAUCUGCUCGCACGACUUCCAUCAGCCGGAGCUGCUCUAUCAGCAUCUGCUCACCAACCAUCAGUUACCCUCUCUGUUGUCGCAAUUCCAGCAACCUCUCGUACAUAAUUUUAGAUUGGACAUCGACGUGCAAACAAGCGACGUCAAUGACAGAGCUGAUCAGGAUACGAAAAGUGACCGUGUGGGAUGCAGUCCGCAGACCGAUCGGAACGUCCCCGAGCCCGUGAAAAAUCAGCGGCAGGAUGAGACCGCGGUGCAGGUGACGCCCCAGGGUGUGUACAAGUGCGCCCAGUGCGGCUACGCGACGACGAAUCUGAAUCGCAUUAAGAAGCACGUGCGGAAGGAUCACAAGGCGUCGGGCGAUCCGACGGAGAGCGUGAUCGCCGAGCUCAGCAAGACCCUGAAGGACGUGGCGAACAAGCAGAAGAUGCCGGCCUGCUACGCGAUGCCGCAGGACCCAAACCCCGACAAGACCAUCAUGCAGCCGUUUCUGAUCGAGGAGCAAGAUUUGAUGCAGGUGGGCGCCGAGUCCAGCUCGGCGAAGAGAUUCGCGCCGGCUCUGAUCUACUUGCCGGUCAAGUCCAGAAUCAGCAACGCCCUGACCGCCUCUUUCACUCUCACCCCAGCCUGA